UUUCUGUUUACUAAACAAAGGAACCAGUUCAACGCUGGAUGGCGAACGGCACGUCUGCCGCGCACGACACCACUCCGCACGAGACAUCGACGACGACGACGCACGUCGGAGUUCGCGCGACGCCGUGAAUUCGCGACGCGAAAAAACCACACGCGCGGUAAAAGAUUUAUCUCCGCUCGCGCCUAGGACGCUCGUCCGAGGAACGAAUGCGAAGGAGAUAACCCACUGUGCGGUGCGACGACUCCGACGACACCGCGGUUGAACGCGCGCGGAGCGGCCGUGCGAAAGGUGGACCCCGAAAGAGUUGACGCGCAAACAUAAAUGCUGUAAAAAUGCCGUCAUUGCUGGAAGCGCUGGAGUUGAAAUACGGCAGUUCGACGACGGACUGUUCGUUGACGGACGACGAAGCGGAGUCCGGCUCGCCCAAGGCCGCCCUGUCGGUGAGCAUCUUCAUCCCUAAAAAGUCCCCCCGACACACGGUCCCGGCGUUACUGGUGCUUCAGGACUGCGACAUAGAGUGCGCGGGCAAUGACGCCGAGAAACUUCGUAGCAAGUGCAAGAACGUCGAGGAACUCGACUUGGCGCAGAAUAAAUUGUCACGAUGGACGGAGGUCUUCGGCAUACUGCAGCACAUGCCCAAGAUCAAGUUCGUAAAUUUGAGCUUCAACUGCCUCGCCGAGGUGCUUGAGGUCAAACACGGCAACUACGAUCUCCUGAGAAAUCUCGUGCUGAAUGGCACCAGAGUGUCGUGGUCGACGGUGCAGGGACUAGUACGGCUUUUGCGUAAUCUGGAGGAGCUACACCUGUCAUUGAACGAGUACAAAACUGUAGACCUGGAUUAUCAGAAGCCGGAGAACGUAAAUCCGGCGCUGAAGAAGUUACACUUCACCGGUAAUCCGGUAGAAGUUUGGAACGAGAUCUCAAAGUUAGGGUAUGUGUUUCCAAACUUGAAGAGUCUGGUUCUCGCCGAGUGUCCGAUCAGAUCGCUCGCUCUGGAAGAAAAUCGAAAUUUGCCGAACGAGGACGGCCUCCGAGCGAAUGAGGAGGAUAACGGGCAGGACAGCGAAAACAUGAAUCAUUUGGACGCGGAUGAACACACGUCGGACGAGAAGGGCAAUCGGAUAUUCGAGAACAAAGUCAACUACGACAGAUCCGAAUCGGAGUCGGAAUCCAGCGGAAAGACCAUGAAAUCGCCUCACGAUCCUUUCAGAAUGUUAAGGUUCUUGAACGUGAACGGCACGCUCUUAUCGACCUGGGACGAAGUCGAAAGACUGGCCAGGUUUCCGGCGCUUAAAUCGCUCAGGAUUCAGAGUUGCCCGCUUUUUGAGAGCCCCCGAGAAUACACGGAGCACGAGAGGCGGCAGCUACUAAUAGCCCGACUGCCAAACGUCGAAACUUUGAACGGCGGCGGCGUGAUAUCGUCACAGGAACGCGAGGACGCCGAGAGAGCCUUCAUACGUUAUUACAUGGACAAACCAGAAGCGGAUCGACCCGAGAGGUAUUCCGAGCUCGUGGCUAUUCACGGAAAGUUGGACCCCUUGGUAAACGUAGAUUUGACACCGGAGAAAAGGGUCAAGGUCACGUUCACUUACGGAGAUCUCGUUGAGGUACGAUCGGUAGAUGUAUAUAGAACGGUUUUCGAAUUGAAAACUAAAUUGGAAAGCAUGGUGAAAAUACCUGCCAACAGAAUGAGACUUUUCUACGUUGAUCAGGAAAUGAAAGCGCAAUACGGCCCGGAGGAAAUGUUGUAUCCGAACAAGCAACUUUAUCGAUACAAUAUUCGAAAUGGCGACGAGAUUAUUAUCGACAGCAAACUGAACAGAUUUGCGUCAACGUCCUCGGCUACAUCUUCCAUUCGUUCCUGAAAUCGAUAAACAUCGCCCAUGAAGAAUAAAAUAAAAGAAUUAGAAGAAUUUAUAUAGGAACUUGCUGAUGUUCGAUGUGUUAUGUAUUAUUAUGACGGCAAACGCAUUUCAGAGAAUAAUAAUGGAUGGAAAAAAAUUUUACAAAUUGACGAUAACUCGGUAAUCUAUAGAGGGAGAUGAAAAGUUUAGAAUGUGUUUCUUCGCAAAACGGUAAUGUCGAAGAUGACCUUUCGAAAAAUUGUCGCGAAUUAUAGCGCGAUUAUAUUACACAAUUGUAUUUUGAUCGCAAAGUAACGUCGUCCGAUGCCGUUGUAGUUUAAUUAUUUCUCUUUGCUAACAAACACUCAUUCGAGAAGAGCCUCGACGUAUAAUUUAAAAUAAACAAGCUAAACUAACAAGCCUUUGAGAGCGCAUAGAAAAUAAUUUGUGUGUCGAAUGACACAAACGAGAGUGUACGCGCGUACACGUUACGCUCUUUUAGAUGAGUAGGUGAAAUCCGUCAAUUUAUAUAAAGUUUUCUUUUUGAUGUAGUAUCUCUCGUCUAUCUUAGGAGGCAAAAUGUAAUGGGAAAGCAGGACAUGUACAUAGCGAAAUUCUUCGAUCUUCAGCCAAAUUCGAUAUAUAUAUAUACAUACAUUACAUGUAUAUGUAUAUGUAGCUACAGUACGAAAGUGUGAGGAGAGAUUAUCUUAUUUAUCGAUGCUCGAUGAGAAUGAUAUAGGAAACUCGUAGGAAGAGAGAAAGAGAGACAAACAUUCGACUCGUGUAAAAUUGUGAGCUCACACAAUUCUUGAUAAUAUAAUGCCAACGCCGACUGUGACAAGAAAACGCGAGAUGAAAAGAGAUUGAAAUAUUUUUGUAGACCGCGGGGGCAGUUACCUGGAAAAGGUAAGAUUCGCCAUUCGUUCGUGACAGAAACACGCGUUUUGUUGCUCUUUGUUGAGCACCGGGCAAUGAUAAAAGUAAGUGUAAACGCACUUGCAACACACGUUUUCCGUCGUGCGCACGUUUGAAACUUUUUAUUAUAUAAAGUGAAACAUCGCGCGAAUUUUCCAAGUGCUUAAAAAGAAUAGAACAUGAUCAUCGCUACGAUUCGUAAAUAUUAUUGUUUGUUGCUUAUGUUGUCAUCGCAACGGACGAUCUCUGUAAAUUUUUCUCUCCAAAGGUGAUGUGUGAACUCUUUUUCCAUGUAAAUUAAAAUCACACGAGCGAAAUUAAAACGCACAAAAACGCGCGUGAAUUAAAUUUUAAACUAUAUUUAAUUUAAAACUAUACAAGUUAAUACUGCGUUACCCUAUCGUCAAUUCUCAGUGUGUGGUAUGUACUUAAAUUCAAUAUCUUCAAUCAAAUACCAAGCUCGUUGUCAUCUGCGAAUGAUUUUUAAUAUUCCAAGAUAUUGAAUUGUGUGUCGGUGUUGAAUAACAUAAAAUUUGCAAUUAUUUUUGUCACAGAGUGAACAAACGGAGAUCCAAAUUUAUUAUCAACAGUGAUAUAGAGGAUAAAGGUGCCUGUUAAUGAGAUAAUCGUCUAAUACGAGAUAGCAAAUUAUUUUCACGUAAACGGCUACAAAUUCAUAACUGCGUAUUUUUAACACGUCACUUACACAAAAAUCAAACUUUUUGUUAGCGUCGCUCAAUGCCGAAGGUGAUGUGGUGUCUGCAAAAGAGUUAUCGCGUACGCUCAGAACAAAAAAAAAA